AUGGCUUCCUCCUGGUGUCUGCCUCUGGCUCUCCUGGUCUCCAAUCUGGCCGUUUCACACAGCACCGAGCCCAGCUCCACACACGCCAAGAGGAGAUUGGCACAGCCCUCAUCAGGCAAUGGCAAUGCCCUCCAGUACCCUGAGCAGGGCUUCCAUAGUCAUGGGUAUGGGAACGGCAGGGAGCAUGGAGGGGGGCAUGGGGGCCAAGAGGCCCACAGUGCCAAAGCCAAUACUGGGGCUGGGCUCCUCUCCCGCAGUCCCCUGCACCCCGCAGCUCGGCAUGAGGAUGAUGGGACGGGUCUGGAUGGCCUGAUCCCGGUGAGACUGGAGAUGGGCCCUGGGGGCAGGGAGAGGGAGAAUGGUCGCGGAGGCUUCAGGAACCCAUCUCAUGCUCGGGACAACCACCCUUUGGGGCCACACAAGGGGAAGGCACAGGGACAUGGGCACCACUUUGAUCACAGGAGACAUGGAGGUCGGAGAGACAAGGGUCGGCACACUAAAGGUUUCCUCCCUGAGCCUGAGCUGGACUCUAGUCUGAAGGAGGGAUCUGUGUCCUCCACCAUCUUUGGCUCCGGCUCCUCUGCAGUUACCACGGUGAUGAGCGAGCAUCCCCCAACGCUGCCCCCAGCCUCCACCAAACCCAAGAAGUCAGGCCGGGGGAAAGUGCAAGGAGAGGUGAUGCCCACUCUGGAUAUGACGCUGUUUGACUGGACGGACUACGAGGACAUGAAGCCAGUGGAUGCCUGGCCUUCUUCCAGGAAGAAAGACAAGCGGCGCAGUAAGAACCUAAGCAGUGGCAACGUGACGGUGGACGCUGAUGCCAUCGAGCCAUGUGACCACCACUUGGACUGCCUCCCAGGAUCCUGCUGUGACCUGAGACAGCACGAGUGCAAGCUUCACAACCGCGGCCUCAACAACAAGUGCUAUGAUGACUGUAUGUGUGAGGAAGGGUUCCGUUGCUAUGCCAAAUUCCACCGGAAGCUUCGUGUGACCAGGCGAAGGGGUCGUUGUGUGGUGCCAGAGUCAGCCAACAGAGACCAGGGGUCCUUCAUCACAGUGUGAGGGGUCACAGACACACACCACACACUGAACAUGACCACCCUCUCUGACAUAAAAGACAGUGUCUAGUGAUAGUUCAUUCAGAAUUUUCAUACUACUCAUCUGGUCUCCCUCACUUCAGUGCCACAGAAUCACGUACA